AUGCCUCCUGUCCGAAGACAACGCUCAGCAGGAGCCAUGACCAAAGGAAAACUACUGACCACACCUUCGAGGUUGCUCAAACUUGUGCUUCCUCUCACUACCCUCGACCAAAACUCUGAUCGCAAGGACGUCGCUCCUCUUGCUCUACUUAUUCAUCCACAGCAGCCGCUCUCCUACCUUGAGCGCCUGAUCCAGUCUGAAUUACCCAGCAUCACCAAUGAGAAAGGGGAGGGCAGACUGCCAGCAGUUUCUUUCCGGGCCAUGGAGUCCAAGGAUGAAGGGACCAGAAGCUCCAAGAAGGAGUCAAAAGAGCUGGAAGAGGCCGAAGCCCCACAACAACCUCCGACUGAGGGCGGCGUCGAGAGCUACAGCGGCGCCGGCCGUGAAGGCAAAGGCAAGGACGAAGGUGAAUUCGUUCGAUGGAGCUUGUCCACUGAGAUCGGCGACUUUAUCAGGGACGCGGCGCGAGCGAAAGAGUUCGAGGUCGAGAUUGAAGGGAGUUCAAAGCCUAUCAAGGUUGCCGUCCCUUCGUUCAACGACAGGACCUUUUACUUGCGGCAAAGGUUACGCAGGGUCUCCAAAAAUAUUGCCGACAUGGCUGCCAUCAAGAACGAAUGCGAUAAAGCCGCCCACAAGCGUGGACAGAGAGUCGCCAUAGGAGGUUGCGGUUUCCUGGUCGGCUAUUGGUUCGUUGUGUAUCGGAUAACCUUCCAGACAGAUCUCGGAUGGGACUUUGCCGAGCCUGUCACGUACCUUGUCAGUCUAUCGUCGCUUAUCGGUGGUUAUAUGUGGUUUUUAUACCAUAAUCGUGAGGUCUCCUAUCGGUCGGCAUUGAAUAUUACGGUCAGUCGUCGUCAAAGCCGCCUAUACGAGCUCAAGGGGUUUGAUGUGCAAAAAUGGGAAGCCUCGAUCGAAGAGGCCAACGCCAUCAGGAAGGAAAUCAAAGCUGUGGCUGCGGAAUACGACGUGGAGUGGGACGAGAGGGCUGAUGAGCAUGAUAAAGAGGUUACAAAAGCACUUCGGGAAGAGCGAAAGAAUUCAAAUGGCCGAUCAAAGUCAAAGGAGGAUGACGAAGAAGAUGACGACGAUUAA